GUUGAUAUCUUUUCAAAAGAUUUAUUAUUUGUACCAAUACAUAGUGGAGCACACUGGUCUUUAUGUCUUGUUGAUUUUCAAGCUUUUAGGAUAGAUUAUAUUGAUUCAAUGUAUGGUGGAGGAACAGCAAAAGGCAUGGACGAAGUAAAAGAAUAUUUAAUUAACGAAUGUCAAAAUAAGAAAGGUGAAAAUGCAAAUCUUGAUUUCAACAGUUGGGCAGAAAAUCCAAGAUUGAAGAAAGUUCCACAACAAAAAAAUUCUUAUGAUUGUGGUGUUUUUACAUUAGCUUUCAUUGAACACAUUAGUAGGCAAGCGCCUUUAUUGUUUAAUCAAUCAUUAUUACCAUAUUUCAGGAAAAAAAUAAUAUAUGAGAUUGCAUCUG